AUGCCUCCAUCCUCCGUAUAUCUUCCAGCGGGCCAUCCAUGCCGGAAGUGGUGCAAAUGGGGAAAUUUUAAGCUUAUAUCAAACGAUAAAUUCAAAAGUGUUGAGCAUAGAGUAGUGGCAAAUUGCGAAGGGCCGAGAGUAUCAGUGGCAUGCUUUUUUAGCACUUCUGUAGCACCAUCUACCAAACUGUAUGGACCAAUUAAGGAGUUGCUAUCAGAGGAUAAUCCUCCAAAAUACAGAGAAACAACUGUGCAGGAAGUUUUUCCUACUCGUAUUCAAAGGGUCUUGACGGGACUUCCCCGUUGCUGCAUUUCAGGAUCUAAAUUUGGCUUUUGGAAUAGCAUGAAUGGAUGA